CAGACGGAGACGUGGUGUUUGUUGUGUUCUGUUUAUUAUUUCAUGCAGUCGCGUGCUGAGUAAUUAUGGAAAUAUGAUUUAAAGAGUUUUAUUUUAAUGCAUGUUUUUUGUGUCCUAUUGGGUUGUUUUAACUAGACUUGGAUGAGCAAAGCAUAGGUUUACAAUCCAACACACGACAAAUAGUUUAUGGCUGUCAAGGUCGUGUUUGUGCUCUGUUUGUUGCUUUGGCAGCUGUAUGUGGUGCCAUGUGCAGGUCAAGAGCCAGUAGACCUGAGUGCUUUCCAGCCCCAGAGUGCUCUCACUGACAUGGAGUUUGUUAGUGUGAGCUCCUAUCGAGGGCCGGGCAACACAGACACCCGCAGAAACAAGGAGCUGCCCAUCCUGCUGUGGUGGAGUGGCAACUUGUUCCCACACUUUCCAGGGGAUACGGAGCGUGUGGACUGCGCUCGCUCGUCCUGUCUGGUGACACGAAACCGCAAGGUCCAGCUGCACCGGCGAACCACCUCCAUCAUUUUCUAUGGCACAGAUUUCCGUGCAUAUGAGGCGCCGCUGCCUCGUCUGGCUCACCAGACUUGGGCACUCUUCCACGAGGAGUCACCAAUGAACAACUACUUACUGUCACAUGGGCCUGGAAUCCGCCUCUUCAAUUACACUGCUACCUUCCGCAGGGAGUCAGACUAUCCACUUACACUGCAGUGGCUGCCGUCACUCAACUACCUGCUUCAGCCUACCUCAGUCUCUCUGGAGGAGAAGAACAGCUGGAGAAAAGCUGGACUUGCCCCAGUGUUGUACAUGCAGUCCCACUGUGAUGUGCCUUCAGACCGUGACCGCUAUGUCCGGGAGCUUAUGAAGUACAUUCAGGUUGACUCAUAUGGAAAGUGUCUCAAUAACAAGCCCCUGCCUGAUUAUCUAGAGGACACCAGCACUGCCACAGGUGAAGAUCAACGCUUUAUGAGCUUCGUGGCCCGCUACAAGUUCCACCUCGCUCUGGAGAAUGGACUAUGCCCCGAUUACAUGACUGAGAAACUGUGGCGGCCGAUGCACCAAGGAUGUGUGCCCAUCUACAAAGGCUCAUCCUCCGUUGGAGACUGGCUCCCAAACAAGCAUUCUGCCAUUUUGUUAGAUGAUUUUGCCUCGCCUCAAGAGCUAGCCAAGUUCAUCAUGGAUUUGGAUAACGAUGACUCCAGGUAUUUGCAAUACUUGGAGUACAAGACGCCCAGUAAGAUAACCAACCUUCGGCUCCUCGAAGGCCUUCAGAACCGAGAGUGGGGCAUCAACGACAUGAGCAAACCCAACUACCUGAACGGCUUCGAGUGUUUUGUAUGUGACAGAGAGAAUGAGCGACUGACGGCAGAAAAGAAGCACAGACGAGAGCCUGACAAGUAUCCAGAACCUCAAACAAAGAUGGCCAACAACACACACAUGGGGUGUCCACUUCCUAGCCCUGCAUAUGGAGUCAUAGAGGAGAUUGAUCCCAACGAUGGGUGGCUUCAGAUGUGGCCACAGGACUACUGGCAGAGUCUUGACCAGGCAAAAGGAUUGGUGUCACUGAUCCAUCACAACGAGUCUGACCCUGGACGGCUAUGGCAACACAUCCACAGAAUGGCUGUGAGCAGGAACAGCCAGUGACCUCUGAGAAACAACACCUCCUGAACUUGUAUAAGAGAAGAAUUUUUCAAACAACGGACCACUUUUACUCUACCAAAGACAAAAUAUACACUAAAGAACAAUUAGAUCCAACUCAGCUAGCAGUGCAAUAAUUUUUGACUUGUUAAUGACUCAUUUAGCUAAGGGCCAAAACCAGGGGAAGCAAAAAAAAAAGUCAUUUUGUAAACAUAUUAUAUCUAUACAUUUCACAUGUAUUUCUGUUUUCGUCAUUUUGUCAUCAUCUUAUUUUCAGUGUUGUAAGACGGCUGUUCAAAUCAUAUUUGGAAACACAUUAGAACAUGAUCUGCAUAUGAAUAGGAUCGUUCUGCUUCUGUUUAUCAGUGCAGAUGUUCUGAACAAGCCCUUACAUGCUUUAUGAAUAAUUUAUUUUUCAGGAUGCUGAGCUUGACAUUUAAAUUCAGCUGCUGUUCUUGUCAAAUAGGAAACUGUUUUGUGUCUUUCAGGCAUAUUUUAUCUUUUUAAACAUGCACAUAUGUAAACAUUUUGAUGCCAGUAUUCUAUAUAAUAUUUAUUUUUAUUUUUUUAACUUUAUAAAGAGCAACAAUUAAAGAUAUAUAUAUAUAUAUAUAUAUACUCAGUAAACUA